AAAGCCCCCACAAUUGGCAUAUGAUAUUUUGCUCUUUCAACAAUUGUCAAAGCGUAACGCUAAGGCACCACACCACACCACACCACGCCCUUUGCUCUUCUCUCCCCCAUUUGUCCCUUCUAAUUCUCUCACUUUUACUUCACUCUCUGUAUUUUUUUUUCCUUCUCAGGAAAAGUAUUCGGUGAUGAAUUAAAGGGUGUUUGGUGUUAGCAAAAUGGGUUCGUGUGCUUCAGUGCAUAAAGAUCCAAAAUCAGCGAUGAAGCUCCGUCUUGUUUUUGCCUCUAAAAAUGAUAAGCUUGUUAGUCCAUCGCCGCUCAAAGAUAAACCCCUUGAGAAUGGUGAUAUCAAACUCCCUGAUCCUCAACUCAAACCUCAACGUUCGCCAGUUGUGGCAGUAACCAGUUUUAGCGACUAUGGUAGCAAGGAGGAGGCUUUCUUUGAUUCCCAAGCUUGGUUGGAGUCAGAUUGCGACGACGAUUUCUUUAGUGUGAAGGGAGAUUUUACACCAUCACUUGGAAACACUCCUUCACGUGGAAAUACGCCUGUGCAUCGAGGUGUUUUGGCUGGUAAUAGAACCCCUUUUGUAGAAAGACCUCCUGCUUCUUUACCGCAAUCUUCUCCAAAACAUAAGAGGAAGAAUCUACUUGAGCUUUUCAAAGAAAGCUCAAGAAACCGGAAUCCCAAUGAACAAUACGCUGAAGGCAACCAAAAUGGACUCGCUGCUGAUCUACAGCUACCACCCAAAUCCACAUCUAGCACACCUUAUGCCCCAGUGUCUAGUGGCAAGAGAACCCCCAAUGGAGAGCUAAAAACUGAGGCCAACUCACCGAGGUCAGCACAAUGUUGUCUUCCCAGGUUGCGAAGUGGCAGCUUUAGGGAAAGGAGGAAGAGUAUGAGUCCCCCUGCACAUAGCGUCAGCUAAUAACUACAAUCUGGCUCUCAUAAGUUCUCUAUGUAUGUAUGUGCAUGUGCAUCAGGAAUUCUGAACAUUUUGACUUUUGAGAUGUGCAAUUUGACCAUCAGUGAUCAACCAAACUUGAAGUCCAUGAGAUCAGGUGUGCAUUGACACAAACAUAUAUUGCUACUAUAUGUAAGUACUGUAUAAAGCUAUAGAGAACAGCUUUGUUAAUUAAUUAACCUGGGCAUUGUCCUUAUACAUAUAUGUUUUCCAGUCCUCUGUUCUCUGAUUGACAUUUCUCAUUUGCUGCUACUGGAGAAGGCAAUUCUUGCUGCCAUGGGACUGGAGGUGGGACGUGACCUGUUGAAAUGUACCAUUCCAUUUGAAACUACCUAUUUAAACUA